AUGGAUUUUCAGCACCAGCAACUUGCAGCCUUUCGUGGAGAAGACUCGCUUGACGGACAGCGAUGGGAUGGGUUGCUGUUGUUGAAGGUACGGCUGCUGCGAACGAAAACCGACGAGAGGCUGCUGAAGUGGGUCGCCGGCGAGGGGUUUUCUCUUGUCUUCUUGGUCGCCCAGAUGUCCAGUGGCUGGAGAACUCGUCUGAUUGUUUGGGAGUUCGCCGGAAUCUACCGCUCGAUUUCUCUUCCCGCAGUCACACACGCGGACGGAGAUCGGGGCGCACCGAUAGGAUGGGUUCAAGCGAACGAAAGGUGGAUUAAAUGGCGAUUGGAAGUCUGGUGUUUGGGCGAUGGUGCUCUGCACGAUUCAGGGAAGAAUUUGGUCGACUCAAUGAAGAAGGGGAGAGACUUCAUACUCGGAGCAAACCAAUCGGAAGUCGCCGGAAAGAAAUUGAAAGGAAGGCAUCUUUUGAUUGUUGAUUUUCGCCGGCGAGCCCUCAACCCUCAGAUUGCUCUGAUUUCCUUUCAUCCAUCAGAGUUCUAUAUUCAAUUAGUAUACUUUGUGGGCUUUUGUGGAUUGAAAGACUUCAAUUUGGAUAAAGGCACUAAUGAUGUGGAGGAAUUACCUGAUGUUGAAGUUGAGCUAUUGGAAAAAGGAGAUAAUGAUGAUUUUGAGAUUGAAUUUGAAGGAAGAAAUGAUGCUGGGAAUGCAUGA